AUGUCUGACAACAACAAGCAAGACCUGGUCCCAGGUGGCCAGAGCGAAGCUGAUGAAGAGGGAGGCCUGGACCCCGGGUCCCUCGGAGGUGCCGUGGUGCCUGUGGAGUGGUUGGCUGCAGUGGCAGAAGUUGCGGCUUUCCUGGCGUUCCAGAUGAUUGUAAAAGCCUUUGAGGAGAAGGGGCAUGAGGAGGAAGUGGCCUGGCCUGCCACCAUGGAGAACAAGAAUAUAGAGCCUGAAGAUGAAGAAGAUAACGAGGAAGAAGGUGGAGAGCAUGAGGACUACAGCGAGGAGGAGGAAGAGGAGGAGGAGGAAUGUGCGGCAGCUGCAGGUGCCUAUUUUCCUGAGAGUAGAUUACUGGGUGCUGAAACCAAGUAUAAGCUGGGAUUUUAUUUCCGUGACUUUCUGGUCCCUGAGCCUCUGUCAUUUCUGGCUAAAGAAGCAACUGCAUGUAACUACGAAAUUUCUGAUGAAGAGUCUGAAGAAUCUGGAGUUGAGGAGGACGAAGAGGAAGUAGAUGAAAAUGAAGAUCUAGAAGAAGGACCCAAAAAGGAUCUGGACUCAGCAGAGAGCCGCUUCUUUUAG